AUUACCACCUUAACUGUCACGGGUCCCCCUGGACCACCUGGACCUCAAGGACUACAAGGGCCAAAGGGAGAGCCAGGAUCUCCAGGAAUCCCAGGAGUUGAUGGAGAGCAGGGACUUAAAGGCUCAAAGGGAGACAUGGGGGACCCAGGUAUGCCAGGUGAAAAAGGAGGAAUCGGACUUCCUGGAUUACCGGGUGCCAAUGGAAUGAAAGGAGAAAAAGGAGACUCUGGAUUACCAGGUCCUCAGGGUCCUUCCAUCAUAGGCCCACCAGGCCCACCAGGCCCCCAUGGCCCACCAGGCCCCAUGGGACCUCAUGGACUUCCUGGACCAAAGGGUACAGAUGGCCCUAUGGGACCCCAUGGCCCUGCAGGUCCCAAAGGAGAAAGAGGUGAAAAAGGAGCUAUGGGAGAGCCUGGACCCAGAGGACCCUAUGGUCUACCUGGGAAAGAUGGAGAGCCUGGUCUUGAUGGCUUCCCUGGUCCACGAGGCGAGAAGGGUGAUGUAGGAGAAAAGGGAGAAAAGGGAUUCCGUGGCGUUAAGGGGGAAAAAGGGGAGCCAGGUCAGCCUGGCCUGGAUGGGCUGGAUGCCCCUUGCCAAUUGGGGCCAGAUGGAUUACCUAUGCCUGGCUGUUGGCAAAAGUGAUGAAUCUAACCUUCCGAGCAUGAAGUUGUGUAUAUAAUGGUCCACUUUUUAUAUUUAUAGUUGAAAAUCGAAUUGCAGAUUUUACAAGUCUGAGAUAUGUUUACAUAUAGCUGCUUCUUCCUGUUUGCAAUAGUACACAUGUCCAUCUUUUCUCCACUUCCAUCUGAAAUUGGGCAAUAUGUGAAACCAGUGAGAAGCCUGCAAAAAAUAUAGAUCAGUAUCUCUUUACCUUAUGUGAAGAUAUGUAUUUAAAUGGACACAUCAGUGAUACAGAAUGAUUGUUCUUGCUAUUUUCUUACUUUGGGCUUGUUAAUUGCAUGGACAAAAAGUGCCAUGAAAUAGUUUACAUGAAAUCGUGACCAAAUAUGGACUCGAAACUACAAAUAGGUACUAUACUAACUGAUUUUAGAGUUUAUCGUCACAUCCCUACUCACCUCACUGUUAGCAUUGAUUGGUGCCCACACCACCCAUUGAAACUGACUAAAGAAAGCAUGAGUGUGCCAAACCUGCUUGACGUUCAGAUGCUAGCAUGCCGCUUAAUGAGUCUUUUGAUCACAUCUGAGCCUUUAUUUCUUUUGUCAUCUCAAGGGGGUUACACCAUGGCUUAUUGCCAAAAAGAGAUAAGGUGGCGGAGAGCACACACACAAAUGGUCUUGUAUUUUGAGGGAGCUGCAGUCCCAACUGCAGAUCUACCUACAGCUUCCAGUAUUGUGGGCUCACGUGGCCACCUUGGUUGAAACAUCAAGGGAUUGAGCUGGUUGCCUCCACUUAUUUUUCCUUGGGCUGACCUUGGCAGUGAAGACAAGGGAAGAGGACCGCUUCAGCAUCCUGCGCUGUCUCUCCUGUGACCAAGUAGAAAAAAAGAGGUUUACAAAUGCAGACACCCGGAACAACAGACUUUUAAAAAAAUAAACUGAAUUCCAACAAGUGUUAAUAUGGGUGCUUUUGGAAACUGACAGAGGCAUAUGGCACUUCUUUACGGUAGGAGGUUCUUGGAAUGGCAGCCCCCGUUCCUGCGGACAAAGGAUGUGUACAUCCCACCACAGGGAAGGGGUACCACUCCCGAGAACGGCUUGGCUAAAAUAACCUCUUCUGAAAUUGUAGGGAGCUCACCCUACAAGCUCUACCGAAGCUGAUGCUGUCCUUCCUAACGAUAUCCAACUUAUUUCAAACAUUUUCUACAAAGUUCUAGAAACAGAUAUUUUUCAUUCUUUUUUAUACUUUUCCUUUCUAGUUCCAGCAAUAUUAAGAAAAGAUUUCUUUCCAUUUUUGUCACAUUUGUUUUGAACAAUUUUUUAAAACAAAGUCUUCUAAACCUAAAAUAACUUGGUAGCAAUAGCCAAGAUGACUUUUUACUAACUUCUCUCUUGUUUUGAAUAACUGAAGAGAAUAUAAAAGAAGCUCCACUUUCAGUUCAUUGUAAAGCAUUAAAGUUAAGCAGGGUUUUUUAGUACUUUUUGACUUUUUUUUCAUAUGAUGACUCUAACUUACAUGGUGAUCAUCAGUUAAGUCAAGAUUUGGUCACAUUUGAUAGUAUUAACUCAUUUCUAUUUCUUGUAAUUCUAUUUAGAUCUAAGUUUUGUCCAUAUUUAGAUUUCUUUAUCUUUUUUUUUUACAUUUUUGUCUUAUGCACAGACCAAAUCUGUAUGUCAGAAAGCUGUGAAAUAUAGUUGCCAUGAGUGUUUUUUUCAAUUACUUACUCAAAACGAUUAAUUGUAUUAGACUGAGCAUUUCUUUGCACAGUAAAGAGUUGGUAACAUGUUUUGAAAUGGCUUAUUCUGAGUGGAAGGGUUACAUUAGGAGAAACAUCAUCAAUGAGGAGUAGUCCAUAGGACAAUAUACUCUCUCUCCUGACUUAAUGCCAUUUUGUGGGAAAAUUUCUAGUUCCAUUCAUAAGUUUUCACCACCACAGGGGAAAUGAACUCAUCAUCGGGUUUAUGGUGACAACAGUUAAGACAUGACUAUAAAUAAGACAAAGAUCCUAAGAUGCUUGUGAUCUCUUUAAUAUUAUAUAGCCAAAUGUUCAGUUAUACAAAAUGCCUCCUUUUUAUUUCUAAUAAGUUUUCAAGAUUGGAAAGAUGUUCAAACUCUUAGAUCAACCUAAUUGGUAACAUUUCUAGUAACAUUCCACACUUGAAGCCAAUUUGGCAUUUUUAAAACAAUAGAGUACAUUUAUUUCCUAACCAUCUGUUUGACAUGGUUAGGAAAAAGUAUUGUUCAGUGUCUGCAACAAUUUGUCUUAAAUGGUUUGGAAAUAUGAACUAAAGCGGGUAGGACUACUGUCUCUUCAGGAAAACAAAUAAUAGUGUCUUGAGAAAAAUCUGGUGGCUAUAUUUCUUUCUCUCUUUCUUUCUACUCCUGUAGUAGAAAGAGGUAUUGAGAUGAAUCACUAUUGAAAACUUGCACAGCUUCAAAACAAAAUACCUCAAUAUCAAAGAGAAACAUUUUAUAUAAUUUUUUUUCAAAUGUAGCCCUUUUAGAAUACUGUUCUGUCCUAUGUGUAUAUUGGGGAGUUUGCUCUACGACUGAUUUGACAAUAUUGAUUUUUAUUCUAUGAGUAAAGGAAGUCAUAAACUUCCGUUGCAUUUAUUUCCUUGGGAAAAACAAAGAGAUGAUAGUACUCCUCUUUGUUCGGUGAAAUUAUUAGGUGUUAACCACCAUGGAUAGAUAAUCUUCAACUUUUGGUUACAAAAAUAUUUUCAGCCAUCCAUUUUGUCAUCAGUAUAGAGAAUCCUCAAAUAAUUGAUGAAUGAACUAAUAAAUUAUGCCGCUGGUGUAUGUGUUGGCAGAUAUAUAUUUUUCUUUAAGAUUUCCAACCUUUAGUUUGUAUUAUUGGAUAGAGGAUUGAGAAAAAAUGCAUGAAAGACAUUGGCAAUAAGUCAAAAUCUAUUUCUAUUUCUGAUAAGCAUCUUUUAAGAAUGCCAAAUUGGUAUGUGUUUUAACUUCAAAAUUGUUUUCCAUCCUUGUUGGUGCUAAUAUAUUUUCUUUUCUUUAUGGACAAUGCAACUCUACUAUGGAUAAUUGUGUUUCUCUGUUUGAUAGCAUUCCUAAACUGUUAGUGUGUGAUUUUAUUUUUGAAGUUCAUGAAUUUGCUGUAAUACGGUUCAAUGACCAGUCUUUCUUAAUGUAAAACAAAACAAAACAAAACAAAACAGUGUACCUAUAGAUGAUGUGUGCCUACUCGGAUCAUGGAUCUUAUUUCAUGUUCAUUUCAUAUACCAUGUGCCUUUAUCAACUUUCAUCCUCACCUUUUAGCUUAUUUAAUUUUAAUAAGUCUGACAAAACCAAUGCUAGAUAAGUCUAACACAUUCAUAGAGUACCUGACACACAGAUAUGCCUGAAUUUUCUUCUAGCUUUCAUUUCCAUUAUGAGAAGCUGUCUUGGAGGAUUUUUCUUUCUUAUUUGAUUUUAUAGAAAACAUAAGAAUAUCUUGGAUUUCUACCAAAAAGAAAAAAAGUCUGUUCUUGAAUUUAUUUUCUGUGCAUGAUGUUCUGAUGGGACGGUAAGCACUUAUGCAUCCGGUAGUUCAUUCUACAUGUCCUCUGUCUGCAAUACAUACAUAUAUCUGCUAGUUUGGAAAAUAGUCAAAUCAGCAUGUCAAGAUCUAUGGGAAAAUUGUCUGGUCUCUUACGUUUUUAUCACUUAAAAAACGUGCUUAAUUUUCCAAAGUUUUUUAAUUUUACUCUUGUGCCAUAAAAAGUUAAUAUU